AUGUCCAUCGUUCGUCUGCGUACGGUCAGGAGGUCACCCUAUCUUGACAAGGACCUACUCAUAUGUGCGAAUGGCCCAGCCUCCGACGAGCGUUCGAACCUGCACCCAGACUCGACGGCUUCGAUUCAGCAGACCACGAUGAACGCUUCUGCUCAUUAUCCCAAACCUCACGGGGUGCACGUCAUUGACCGAGAUCAGCUGGACCUUCGAUCCGAAGCUGAAGUCGACGACGACCUCCUCCAUCCCAGACCGGUGACGACGGAAAAGAACAUCUGGUUCUUCUGGCACAGCGGCUUUCGGUCCAUGCACCCCUACUGCCAACGAACCGUCCGCGCGUGGCACCGAAGAUUCUCGAGGCAGGGAUGGGCCGUGCGGGUGCUCGAUCGCGAGCCCAAUUCGGCCCUGAACGUGGCCAACUACCUCGACGUGAACGACCGGCACACCUUUCCUCGAGCCUUUGUCGACGACACAAUCGGCGGGGACCACGCCCGGCAGCACACGUCCGACCUCGUGCGGUGGCCGCUGCUGCUGCGGUACGGCGGCGUCUACGCCGACGUGGGCAUGAUGCAGAUUGGCGACCUCGACAAGGUCUGGAGCACGACCGUCGGAGACCCAAGCUCGCCCUUUGAGAUUCUCACCUACAACAUGGGCGGCAUCGACGGCCGCGCCCUGACGAAUUAUUUUCUCGCCUCGGGCCGCAACAACGCGCUCUUCGCCCGAUGCCACAAGCUGCUCCUCCAACUGUGGGAUGCCGACGGCGGCAAGACGAGCACGGACGGCAUGCACGCGAGCCCGCUGCUCAAGGGUCUGCCGCUCAUCCGCGCCGGCGCCCCGUUCGAGGAGGAUGGGAAAUGGUACGGCAUGGACGAGGUCAGCGUCCUGCUGACGGACUACAUCAUCCAGGGUCAGGUCAUGACCAUGGUCAUGAGCCUCGUCGACGACGAAGACGGCUGGAACGGCCCCAAGUACGCGGCCGAGCACAUCUUCGCCAUCGAUUACAUGGCGGGCUCGCAGCUCAUCAACGAGAUGACGGACUGGAACGGCCCCAGGCAGUUCGAGCUCAUGUCGCUGCCGCUCCCCCGAGAGGGAGAGGAGGAGACGGACGAGCAGAGGCAGGGGCGGGAGAUUGUCGAGGCGUGCCUGACCAGGAGUUUUGGCUUCAAGCUGGCCCACGGCCUGAUCCUCCGAGUUUUGGGCGACACAUUGGGCUCGCUGUGGAGGAAACACGAGGGUGCCGACGCCGUGACGGGAACCUACGGCCAUUGGCUACGAUACGGCAUGCUGCAUUGGUGCCCGAACGAACUCCCGGCGAGGUUGGAAUUCAGGGAGCUACCGGCCGUGAAGAUGGGACGAUUGCUGAGAGAAGACGAUGCUGGCAAGGGGCAGCAUGAGGCGAACCAGGCGCAGAGAUGA